CCCCCCCAUGCAGCCCUCAGCACUUCACCCUGCCCCAUGUUCCGUCUUCUCUCCCUCCAUAGGAGGUGACGUUCCGCCCCGGAAGGCGCCUCUUCCUCUAUUCUCUUCCGCCCGGCCUCCGCUGCUGGUGAUGAAGCUUCCUCAGUGCUCACGUCUGCGUUUUAUCUCACCCAUCCUUAAACCUAGGACUAGACACAUGCCCAUUCCAUCCUCCGAGGUGGUAUAACCCAUCAUGGCGGAUAUGCUUUUAAACUUGCACUUGGAGGGCGGACAGUCCAGCAAGCACGCCGAGCACGGGAACAGCAAGCAUCGCCGUUUUAUCAAAAGGAGGAAGUUUUUGGAGAAGAAGGGCUUCCUGAAGCAGAAGCAGUUGCCCCAAAAGACCCACAACAUGGAAAAGCGAGCGGAUUCCUGGGGCCACGGCAGACAUAACGGGCAGCAGCGGACUGAGAAACCACACAGCAACUUGUUCUGUUCCGACCAGCAGCUCUGCCCGUCCAGGACGGUCACGUCCCAGUCCGGCACUCUGAGCGUCAGUAUUGGCACCGGUGCUACUCAUUCUCGUGCCGCAACGUUUACACCACCGGGUGUGCCUCCCAGGGGCCACUGUUCUUCCAAGCCUAACAGCGAUGGCACCGAUCACCCGCCGCCUAAACCUUCUCUUCACCAGCAGAACAUCGGCCUCCUGAGUGAGUAUGAAAGCGGAAUCCCUUCGGCCUCUUCAGCUCCCAGCUACAAAGUGGUGGCCAUUGACUGUGAGAUGGUGGGCACAGGCCCGAAAGGAAGCAUCAGUGCCUUGGCCCGGUGCAGCAUCGUCAGUUACCAUGGGGACGUGGUGUAUGAUAGGUACAUCAGACCGACCAACCCCAUCACAGAUUACAGGACGAAAUGGAGUGGAAUAAGGAGGGAACAUUUGGUCAACGCCAUUCCGUUCACCACGGCGCAGAAAGAGAUCUUAAAGAUCCUUCGUGGAAAGAUCGUGAUUGGCCACGCCAUCCAGAAUGACUACAAGGCCUUAGAAUACUUCCACCCCAAGGAGAUGACCCGAGACACGUCAAAAAUCCCGAUGCUGAACCGCAGGGCGGGAUUCCCGGAGAAGGAGGCGGCGUCACUGAAACGUCUGGCCAAACAGCUUCUCUGGAAAGACAUCCAGACGGGCAGAGGCGGUCACUCUUCCGUUGAGGACGCCAAGACGACGAUGGAGUUAUACCGCAUUGUGGAAGUGGAGUAUGAGCGCGAGCUGGCGUCUGGCCAAGCCCAUUUAUGAACUUUCUGGGGGUUUUUACAUUUUUACAACUAUGGGAACGUACCAACCAUUCGCUUUAUACCACUUCCGAAAAAUAA